AAAUGACCCUCAUUGCUUGGCCUACCGUUCGACAGCACGGACACGAACAACCGCUACCGAACAUUUCGGUGAAACAUUCGUGAGGCAACAGCAGCGUAGAACUGCAGAAAUUUUACAGCGAGUAAUAGAGUUUUAAAUGGAGCUAUCGGCAUAAUAUAUUGUAUAUAGUUAUUUUUAAUAAUCAAUUAUAACAUGAAAAUGGACGAGACAGUGGCAUUAAUUAAAUCGUGUAUCAUUUCGAAGAAAGGAGGCAUACCAAUCGAGGAUUUAAAUGAUGAAUUUCAAAAUCUCGUCGGAGAGUCGAUUCCGUAUCGUAGAUUGGGAUUUUCGAAUCUCCGCACAUUCUUACGCACUAUAGACGGUUUGGAAACAACUUGGAAUAAAUUUGGUGAGCAAACACUAAGAAUAAACGACUCGAAGAUUUCACACAUCGAAAAACUAAUAUGCAAGCAAAAGAGAGAUUACUCAAAGACAAAGAAUAAGUACUACAAGCAAUUUACACGGCAGAAGAGCAGUUUUGAUCACGACGAUGAGCGCAAAUAUAAAAUCAAGAAGGUGUACAGCAACAGCAACAACCGCGUAAAUAAAAGAAUGUUGAGUUUCAAUCAUCGCGACCCAACCUACUUCAAUAGCGGCGACAGAAACAUCUCGUUCGAUGAGGAAGAAGAGAAUCAUCAUCCGGUAGUAAUAGAAACGAACGAGCUUAAGACUAUUACCAACAUUUACGAGCCCGUCGCAAAUGGCCAACAAUUGAUCGGCGAUGACUUCUUUCUGCAACUCGCUAUACGUAAUCUUCAUCUUCCGAUUUGGCGCUACAAAGACAGCUUAUCAUUGCACUGUGGUUUAUGCGUCUCCGGACAAACAAUCAGUGAUUGCACUCGCGCAUUAAGGAACAUUAGCACCAUCUCCAAUCGCGUCAUAAUUUUACUCGGAUCGGUCGAUAUUUAUAACGGUGCCACUUGCGACGAAAUGAUAGACGAUAUGUCUGAGCUCUUGCAAGUUCUCCAGUCCAAAUUUCAUCUCUCCAACUCGGCUAUUACUAUCUGCACUAUUCCGCCUUUGGCCAACAUCGCCAUCCACGCCUAUAAGUACAAAAGCCUGGCGUUGUUUUGCUUCAACAAUUGGAUCAGAUCUCUGGUUGAUGAUAUGUCCAGAAGAGAUUCGUUUUCCAAAGGAUACCGCAUACUAGAUUUGUUCGAAAAUUGUAGCAACGAAAUGUAUGCUACGGAGUUUGACUGGUUUCAAACUCAAGCACGUAGAGUAUCGGGGACCAAACAUUCCUAUGUCCUGUGGAACAAUAAAGGGCGGAAGCUAGCUAUGAACCUCAUCUGCGGAGAAAAAAAUAUGGAACCUUCCGAAAAUCCCGACUUAUUGCCGACGCCAUAAGCUAUCGAGGAUUUUCUGUAUAAUAUACACGGCAGAUUGCGAACGGGGAUAGAAAGAGAAAGGGAAUGGUAUACCACGGAGGGCCUUAUUCGUCCAAGUGGCGGAGAAUGCUGUAUUGAGGAUGUUCCGAAGUGUACUGCUCUGUUUCCUUCUACAAAUGUAUGCAGAAAAACGAACUUAUUCCUUUGUGUUAACCAUGUGUUCGUGUAUAUUGUCUAUAUAAUUUAAAAAAUUUUAUCUUCGCGCAUUGAGGCAUUAGAAUUUCAUUUGCUCACGUUUCAAAAGAGACAAACGUAUAUGAUAGCAGAAUAACAUUAAACAUAUAAUAGCACGUAAUCACAUAAUAUAUACUGGCAGAAAAGAGAAAUUGGGAUUAUAAUCUUGAGUUUACCGAAAGAUUUAGACAUCCUCUGGAUCGCCACCGCUAUGUUUAUAAUUACAACCGCGCAACAUUUCAUAGCAUCGAGAAAGAUUAAGGGAGGGAUCACAACACUCGUGCCUAAGUAUAAUAUCAGAAAAGUACGGUACAUUUUU